AUGGAGGGGCCCCAUAGGAGGAAGCUGGGGCCCCUGGCUGUGGCUGUUCCCGGGGUGACUCGUUCCAGCAGCAGCAGCAGCAGCAGCAGCAGCAACAGCAACGAAGCAAAGGGGUGCCGCCUGCUGCUGGUCAGGUCUACGAUGCUGCAGAAGGCCCACAGGAUGCAGCUCGAGACGCAGCAGCAGCUGCUGCUGCAGCGCAAACGACCACCUCCUCUGCCGCAACAGCAGCAGCAGCAGCAGCAGCAGCAGCAGCAGCAGCAGCAGCAGCAGCAGAAGCAGCAACAACCUUCUUCGCCUGCAGCGAAGAAGCGCCGGUCGUAUCUUGAAGGCCUCCGCGGUGUUAUCUUCAGGCCCCGGAGAUCUGCUGCUGCUUCAACAGCAGCAGCAGCAGCAGCAGAUGGCCCCUCUUCAUUGAGUUUUGCUGUUGAAGGGGGUUCAGAUAGUUUUGAAAGGAUUCGAAUCCCAGCAGCACUAGAGGGCUUUUUAGAGCGCCCCCCAAGCAGCAGCAGCAGCAGCAGCAGCUGCUGCUGCUGCGACAACAGUAGUAGUAGUAGUUAUGGCAGCAGCAGCAGCAGCAGCAACAGCAGCAGCCUGCCCGUCAUGGCGGAUCCUUCCCAAGCGUCGGAGAGAAGAGGUCUCUUUUCGUUCAGCAGCAGAAUUCUAGGACGCACAAGCAGCAGCAGCAGCAACAGCAGCAGCAGCAGCAGCAGCAGCAGCAACAGCAGCAGCCUGCCCGUCAUGGCGGAUCCUUCCCAAGCGUCGGAGAGAAGAGGUCUCUUUUCGUUCAGCAGCAGAAUUCUAGGACGCACAAGCAGCAGCAGCAGCAACAGCAGCAGCAGCAGCAGCAGCAGCAGGGGGGGCUGUUUCGUGCUGCAGCAGUGCAUGCGCUGCCCCCCAAGGGCCCCAAAGGGGGUAUUCCCAAGAAGAAGGGGGGGGCCCCCGGGGGCCCCUGGAAGGCUCCAGCCCCGCUGCCCCCCCCUAAAGAAGAAGAGGACUUGGGGGCCCCCCUGGAGGCCCAAGCGAAGUUAA